AUGUGGCUGGUGCUUAUCUUCAUUGCCUGUCUAGUCGGCGCGGGUGGAUCCGUGGGCGCUGAGGGAAAGCUGCCGGUGGAGCAGACCUUUGUGUCCCGCUACACUCCGGUGGCCGAGAGCAAGCGCCAGGAUUUUGACUUACCCGCUGAGGUGGGUCUCGAGAAGCAGCCAAGACCCCCUGCAGGCGAUAAGAAGCCCUGGCGACGAGUGGAGUACGGCUACGAUGGAGUUCCCACGGCUGCUUGGGCUGCUCCUUCGCCGCCGGCUGCCAUCCUGUCCAUUCUGAAUCCCCUGCUGGCGCCUGGACUGCUCCUACUGGGCGUGAACCUGGGGGCCCUGCUCUACAUGCUGCUGGGACUCCUGGGACUUGCUCCUCAUAGAAGCGGCACCAGCAGUCGCGUGGUCAAUCCCCAGGCCUGGCCUGAGGACCUCACCUUCUACCACCGAGACAGACACAAUCCGGGUGAGGGCAAGGAAACGGCUGUAUAUUUUUAGAUAAAGCGCGUAACGCAAGGCUUUCAUUCAACUUAUCAAAACAUAUAUAUAAAAAAGUACAUAAAUAAA